AUGGAUGGAGGCAAGAAGGCCGAUGGCAUUGACCCUAUGGUCCCCAUCUUAAAUACACUCAGUAUAAUUGAUAAGGAAUAUGGUACCGAUUGGACUUUCAACAAAUGGGUAGUAACCCAUUGGGAUGAAGACCACUAUGAAGGUGUCCUUACUCUCCUAGAGUCUAAUACGAAAGGUAUUUGCAGAAAGAAAAUUGAAAAGGGGGCCCAACCAAAGCCACAAGACUAUACAACGUUCCGAAAUGCGUACUUUUGUAAAGAGCCAGAUUUAUAUUGUGGCGCGAAAUACGAUCAUUUGAACAGUGAAAAGGUAGUUGAAAAAAUCUGCAACGUGGUCAAUCUCUGCCAAUUCCGGGAUGUAAUACCUGGAAGUAGCUUAUUGCGCCGAGACUUGUUCACAGGAAGAUUCUGGCCCCCAGACGAAGACUGCUCACCUGGCGUGAAGCUUCUGGCGGGAACUAACAAAACUAUACAUGUACAUAAAGCAGCUGAUGACGCUUAUUUCAAUAAUGCACCUCAUUUUACGGUGCUUGGUGCCGGAGGCUAUACACUGAUUCGACCUAACAUAAAGGCAAAGGUCACGGUCAACGAACUUACCUUCAUGGAGGACUCUACGAUAUCAAAAAAUGAGACUUCGAUUUUAAGUCUCUUACACUGGCCGCAACACAAGGCAGGAGCAUACUUUACGGGGGGUGACGGGAAUCCUAAAGCCGAAUUAGAGGCAAUAAUUCCUUUGCUCGGCGCGUACGAAAAGCUUCCUGUGAACACCUUUAAGUUAGACCAUCAUGGUUCUAGCAAGGAGAAUAUCCAAAAAACCAAUACACAGGGCCUCCCCAAAGAUGCCUCCCUUCGCGACGUCUGGCCUAAAAAUCAAGAUGCCCUGAAUUCUAACCUUAAAAAGAAAGAUGAACAGGGCCUUGAAGUCGUCCGUCAGCUCCAACCUCGAAAUAUCUUGGUAACUCCAGGGAACCAAUAUGGGCACCCAACGUAUGAUGUCAUCACGCUAUUGUCCUGUUGCAGAUUUGAGACAGGGAUUCGCCCGGUUCUACACACAACACGGUCACCGUAUUGGAUGUUGAAACCACCUAGCGGGAAGGAUGUCAAUUUAGGCCAUUUCGAGGCUUUGGAGACCAUUCACCUUCGAGCACGCAACAUGAUGUUUGAGAAGAAAGCUCUUGUUACAUUAUUAGGUGCACAGGCAGAACUACACGAUGAGGUGUUAGGGUCAAAUGAACAGUACGCCCAAGCAUAUGAUGAAUUCAAGAGUCAUUACCAGAAGUUCUGUGGUGCCAAAGAUCCACCGACCUGGUUAGAAGCUAUCGCUGAGGUUGAACGGCAACAAAAUGACGUCAUGAAACAACUAAAUAAGUUCUAUAACCAAAAGAAUUACACGGGAGAAGAACCCAGUUGGUCCAGCAUUUUAGAUUUUCGUGAUAUCAUCCAAGAAUAUCGUGAGCAGAUACAAGAUACAUCAACGACAACCUGGGGUACUCUUUCCGGGCAGAAGGUCGGACUUCACGAACUGCCUUACUACCUAGUCAGAUUUACAUUUAACAACAGUGUCGAAGCCGAAAUCGAUAUUAUGGAUGAAACAGGCAAUAUAAUGCCGACUGAAGAAAUUGCAUCCCAAGAACCGUCUUCUUACUCAGAAUCGGACAGCGAAGAUGAGGAUGACGACGUAGCCCCUGGGAACAAUAAGCAACGAAAGGGUGGGGUUAAAAGCCGAAUAAAGAAAAGCCAAAUUCUACCGGCGUUAGCUGACGUCGAUAUACCUGACUCAAAAGAAUAUAAGCUUUUUAAAAUAGUUUAUGAUUACACAGAGGAUGUUGUGAACGAUUUGGUGUCAAAACACACCGGCGACAAACUGGUUCUUAACUACGCAAACAAAAAAUCAUUGUGGGAGAAAGACUUACGGGAGGUUUUAAAUAAAUCUACCAAAAUGGAUAUGAAAACGGUGAUGGACGAAAUACAUCAUCAUCUCAGAUUAAACUAUUUCCAGAGAGCGAAAGAGACCCGCGAUAUCGUCGAUACUCCCCCGCUCAAUGCGGGUCAGAUUACAUACUACCUACGGAAAGAAGACAUUAUAGAUAUAUUCGGUGAUACCCGAGGGAGCAGGUUGAUCAAGCCGCGGAAGCCGAAAACCCCCCGGCCUCGAAAAAAGAAGGUCGUGAAAAAAUGA